GGUGGCUUUUAAGCCUACCCCAGGCCCGGGGCUCCCGGCGGCGGCCGCCGGCCUGCGGACCGGGCCGGGGCGACACCCCGACCCGGGGUGGAGGGGCCGCGGGGGUGCCCGCGCCCAGCUGGAGGGUGCCCGGGGCCGCCCUGAGGGGAUGAGGGAGGCCCCGCGCCAGGACAGCGGCGGCCCUCCCCGGCGGGACCGCCGAGGAGCGAGCCUGUUCCCCUUACGGUGGGACCCCCCGCACCUCACACCGAGAGGGGGGGCCUGGGUGCGCGCACACCUGAGCCCUGGCCUGCGGGGCCGGGCGGAGCGGUGGGAGGCGGCCCCGAAGGGGUCUCCGGCAGGUCCUGCGGAGGGGCCUGGCCUGCCAGCGGGUGCCCGAGCAGGCGUGCUCACCGCCUAGGCAUGCGGCAGGCGAUGAGGGAAUUGCCACGGCGUUGGGCCGGGCUCUUACAGUUUUCCAGGGUGGGGAAAUGAAACAGGAGUUUUAAACUUUGAGGACUCAUCAUGGAAGACUCAGAAGGACGUCACUUCAGCUCAGUGGAAGAGGAAACCAGAUACUGGAAAGAGCUGGCUAUGAAAUACAAGCAGUGUGCUGAGAAUACGCAGGAGGAAUUGCGUGAAUUCCAAGAAGGGAGUCGAGAGUAUGAAGCUGAACUGGAGACUCAGCUGCAGCAAACAGAGUCCAGAAACAGAGACCUUCUGUCAGAAAACAAUCGUCUGCGAAUGGAACUGGAGUCAGUUAAGGAAAAGAUUGAAAUGCAGCAUUCAGAAGGAUACAGGCAAAUCUCUGCGCUGGAAGAUGACUUGGCACAGACAAAAGCUAUUAAAGACCAACUUCAGAAAUACAUUCGAGAACUUGAGCAAGCAAAUGAUGACUUGGAAAGAGCAAAAAGAGCCACUAUAAUGUCUCUGGAGGAUUUUGAACAGCGUUUAAACCAGGCUAUUGAAAGAAAUGCUUUUCUGGAGAGUGAGCUGGAUGAGAAGGAAAACCUUCUGGAGUCUGUGCAGCGCCUGAAAGAUGAAGCUAGAGAUCUACGACAAGAGCUUGCAGUGCAGCAGAAACAGGAGAAACCUAAAACACCAAUGCGAACUACCCUGGAAACAGAAAGAACGGACACUGCAGUUCAAGCGUCCUUAUCUGUGCCUUCAACUCCUUCAGUGCACCGGGCACCUAACAUCAACAUACCCACCCCUGCAACAUUUAGGAGAGGUCUUGAGGACAGUUACGCUGCAAGCCCUCUCACACCUGCUGCAAGAAUAUCUGCACUUAACAUAGUAGGAGACUUACUGCGAAAAGUGGGGGCUUUGGAGUCCAAACUUGCAUCUUGCCGAAACUUUGUGUAUGACCAGUCUCCAAGCAGAACCACGGUGUCCAUGUACAUGAACAGAGAUGUCCUUGAAACACGCCUGAGUCCUCAUCAGCCUCUGUGUGAUACAGGGUUAGUGAAACGCCUGGAGUUUGGAACACGGCCUUCAAAUAUUCCGGGACCAAUGAGCCAUCCCUCCCAAAGUGUUGUCAAGAUGCUGCUUUGAAAAGCCUGGCUGGCUUUGGCAAAGGGGAAAAAAAAAAAUUUUUAAACUUUAGUUUUAAAGAGAAUGUCAAUGAGCAAUCAGGCAGCAAUCUCGGGGUAGGUGAGAAUGGAGUAAGAAGCUGCAGUUGGCAGUGGCCCCCUGUGGGGGGGGCCCAGUCUGGCCUCUUGGCUGAGUUCUGUGGGUGGUGUGAUAAAACAAUGCUGCCUAGCAGUGCAGGACUUAGAAUUGCUUCCUAUAUCAGUUGCUCCUUGCAAUUUGCUUCUUUUGACACUGCCAGUCAAAGCCAUUGUCCCUCUCCCUACAACAGAGACAGUAUGCAGCUCCUCAGGCUUUGGCUUUUGGUGUUAAUACAGCACCAUGGUGUUCUGGCUUAAAUUCUGGUUGUGCUGGCUUUCUAUCAUGGGUGUUGUGUGCUGCAGUCACCUGAAUUAGAGGAGUGGUUUUAUGUGGAGAAAGGUGUAUUUCUGCUGGGAAGCUGCUCAGCUCUUUGUGGGAUGUUUGCUGGUCAGAAUCUGGCUACGCAAAAACCUGCCUCUAUAGUGGUCAGAGGGUUUCGUAAGCAAUGAUUUUCCAUUAAGAAGAGGUUAUGGAUAAAGGUGAGGAAUGCCUAGUGCAUAGCAUACUUGGGAGAUUCCAGAGCUAACAGCAAGAUAGGAGACUUUGGACUGGCUUAGCAUAUAGACAUUUCUUUUGCCAUAUUGUGGCCCCUAAAGCCUGGCUGUUGUAGGAAGUAAGAGACCUGAUGAAGCUCCUAGUUGUAACAUCUUAAUAGGUGGGUUUUAAUGCUUUCCAAACCUCCCUUUAUUAAUGUGCCUUGGGUAUUAGUGAUUUUUUUCUUGUUUUAUUUUUUCUAUGAGAAUAUAUGCUUUCAGCUAUUACUAAUUUAGAAAUAGUUUUUAACCUGAAAAGUACUUUGUGCUAGACAAGUGUAUAUGAGUAGAGAACUACUUUAUAAUCAGGUUUUCCCCUAUAAAAUAUUACUGCAUUUUGGGUUGUUUUUUAAGUGGAGUAGGUUCACUCACAGUAUUAAUGUACCUUAUGGAAGGCUGUACUUACAAAUUGUUUAGUCAUGAUUAUUUUUCCAUGUUUUUUGUGGGGGGAGUGGGUGGGGAGACCUUACUUGACAAAAGAAUGCACAAAUGGGUU